CUCAACAGCCCCACUGCCUGCCAAAAACUCACACUUAAAUCGAGCCAACCACUGUUCUAACUUCCAAGGCUGCCGUCUGAACUCGACUGCCGGACCACCGCCAUCCGCCAUCGGCCAUCGGCUUUUCACUCCUGCGUUUAACCUUCAGUUUUCACGCUACUCGCUGUGUAGGACUACGUAUGGAUAAGUACAUAGAGGAAAAAGUUAAGAAAUUUGAAGAAUUUGUUGAUGGUCGCUUGAAACCUGAUCUUGUUAAGGCCAUUGCUGAAAGGGACAAGCUCUUUGAACAGCAAAAGAUAUUCUCAGAAUUGAAGAGGAACAUUGAGAAUCUGGAGAAGAAUAGUGUAAGCAGCAUAAAGACAUUAGUCAAUCUUGGUUCUGAAGUGUACAUGCAAGCUGAAGUCCCUGACACGCGCCACAUUUUUGUAGAUGUUGGGCUGGGUUUUCAUGUUGAGUUCACAUGGUGCGAAGCUUUACGUUACAUCUCUGUUAGGGAGGAACGGCUAGCCAAGCAAAUAGACGAUUAUACACAUUUGAUUGCAUCGAUCAAAGCACAAAUUAAGCUGGUAUGUGAAGGGAUACGAGAGUUGCUUCAGAUUCCAGUCGAAUGACAAUCCUUUUUCUGGAGGUUUUUCCUGGGCACUUACAAAUGUUCUACUUUCGAGGAGUAGUGAGCUUCGUAGUUAUUGGUUAGGAAUUUGAAUCUC